ACUGAGAGUUUGUAGUAUUCGCUAGGACCAGAGUCCUCUGUUCAGCAACAAACACCCCAUAUCCCCAAAUCAAAUAGAAUCCACAUACAGCUUUCACAUUGUUGAUUAAGUAUAAACAAAUAGAACUUUUGAAAACCCAAGUGAAGAAGAAGAAGAAGAAGAAGCGGCGAGAGGAAUGGAAGAAGAGAGAAUUGGGGUAGUGCUGGCAAAGGCUGUAGAGCUCAGAUUGAAGAUCAGCAAUUGCAUCCCCAAAGCCAUCACUCCAUCUAAACAGAAAACCCAACAAGGAGAAGAUGCGGGAGAAGAAGAGGAGGAGAGCAUUUACGUAAAUGGAGACCAAAACCCCUUUCAAAACAGCCCUGAAACAGAAGAAGACGACGAAGAAGCAGAGAGGCUCUUGGAUAUUCGAGACGCUCUUGAGUCCCUCGAGAACCAGCUCUCCCGUUUGCAGGCUUUGCAACAUCAACAGCAUUAUGAAAGCGAAGUUGCCCUUUCCGAGAUCGAGAAUAGCCGCGGGAUGUUAUUGGAUAAGCUCAAGGAAUACAAAGGGGAAGGCUUGGAAGUGCUACGGGAGGCUUCAGAAUUUGCUGGUGAAACAGUGAAGUAUGACAAUGAUCUAUUGCUUCCUCCCUACCCAAUUCGCGCUCCACAUUCCCUGAUCACGGACAAGGGCUAUCUAUCUCACUUUACUUCUGCACAGAAGUCUGUCCGUAAUGGGAUAAUCACCCAUGACCCGUUAAAUGAAGUAAAGGAGAAUGGAAAGGAGUCAGUACUGAAGAGAAGAGAGCAGUCAGGUAAAGGCUUGGUGCAUUUGAUCAGUGCAGCUGCCAAGACCAUACUUACUCUUGUUGGUGUGGCAUCUGUGCUGAGCUUGUCUGGUUUUGGGCCUAAUUUUUGGAGAAGAGGCAUCCCGUUUAAGGUUUCGGGCAUGUUUCAGCACCCAGGAACUGAAGAGAACAGAGAAAUCAUCCAAUGUCCACCAGGGAAAGUCUUGUUGAUGGAAGAUGGGGAAGCUAGAUGUGUUGUACGUGAAAGGAUUGCAGUUCCUUUGGAGUCAAUGGUGGGGAAGCCAGAUGUAAAUUAUGGGUGCGCUACUGGAAUCAAGAACAUGCAGGAAGCAAGGAAUGUUUCUGACAUUUAUGUAGCAGAACAGUCAUGGCCAAGGCUUUUGCAACUGAAAUCCAUGAAUCUGUCAUGGAUCAAGAGAGAUGGAUCAAUAUUGGGACUUGAACACAGAAACCCAAAAUAUAUCAGAAGUGCAGAGAGAAGACGACGACUAGAAGUGAGUGCAUUUACUGAAGAGCAGGAAGCUCUAGUAGUCAAAUCAUGGAAGUCAAUGAAGAAAAAUGCAGGGGAAUUGGGUCUUAAGUUCUUCUUGAGAAUAUUUGAAAUUGCUCCAUCAGCAAAGAAGCUUUUCACAUUCUUGAAGGAUUCAGAUGUUCCUCUGGAGCAUAAUCCAAAGCUCAAACCCCAUGCCAUCACUGUCUUUGUUAUGACAUGUGAAGCAGCUGUGCAUCUUAGGAAGGCUGGGAAAGUCACUGUAAAGGAAUCAAAUUUGAAAGACUUGGGUGCCACUCACUUUAAGUAUGGUGUUGUUGAUGAACAUUAUGAGGUGACAAAGUAUGCAUUGUUGGAGACAAUAAAGGAGGCAAUACCAGAGAUGUGGUCAGCAGAGAUGAAGAAUGCAUGGGCUGAAGCUUAUGAUCAGUUGGUUGCUGCUAUCAAAUCUGAAAUGAAGCCUUGAACAAAACUUUUCAAGGAUUCAGUAAAGUUUUUCCUCAUAUUAUAUUCAAAUCCUGUUGAAGAAACUCUUGUUUAAUAGUUUUUCUGAAACUCGAGAUAAAUAAACCAACUUUGAUCAUC